AUGGGUAUCUCACGAGACAGCCGCCACAAGCGGUCUGCCACCGGUGCAAAGCGCGCAUACUACCGCAAGAAGAGAGCCUUUGAAAAGGGUCGUCAACCAGCCAACACCCGUAUCGGCACCAAACGUAUCCAUCUUGUCCGCACCCGAGGCGGCAACACCAAAUACCGUGCGCUGCGCCUGGAAAGCGGCAACUUCUCCUGGGGCAGCGAAGGCAUCGCCCGCAAAGUCCGUGUCAUCGUUGUGGCCUACCACCCUUCCAACAACGAACUCGUCCGCACAAACACCCUCACCAAGUCCGCCGUUGUGCAGAUCGAUGCGGCCCCCUUCAGAACUUGGUACGAAGCGCACUACGGCACGAGUAUUGGGCGGAAGCGGACGCAACAGACCAAGGCUGCCGGCGCUGGUGCUGCGGCUGCCGAGGGUGGAGAGACCAAAGUCAGCAGGAGCGUGCAGGCGAAGCGGGAGGAGCGGUUGAAGAAGAGCGGCAAGAUCGAGCCGGCGCUGGAGAGACAGUUCGAGGCCGGCCGUCUGUACGCCGUCAUCAGCUCUCGGCCUGGCCAGAGCGGCAGAGUGGACGGCUACGUUCUGGAGGGUGACGAGUUGGCCUUCUACCAGAGAGCUAUCAGAAAGUGA